AUGCAAGGAAACAUAGAUGCUACAAAGAUUAAAUUGCAAAAGGCGAUCAAUAAUCACGAUUCGGAUAACCAAAAAAUUGAAGAAUGUUUGGAAUUACUGGACGACUUAAAAGAAUACGACAAGAAGCAGACAUCGAGUGGUUGGAAAACGAAUCACAAACGACAGGUGAUUUCUUGA